UGACUGUACUAAAGCAACGCUUGCCCGAUGGCGUCGUCUUGCGUUUGUUUGAUUGAAACAAAUAGUUUUACACAGAAUUCGCUUAAUAAUCUCAGUUAGUUGUUAUAGAAUAGUAUGUUAAGUUUAUUUACCGCGAAAUUAAGUUAGUUAAACGUGAUAAUGGAUACGAAAAAUACGGAUUGGCGAGCCGGGCCGAAUGUUUGUCGUUGUUGCUUGACUGAAGGAUGUUACAAAGACAUUUCUACCGAAUAUUUCUGGAUGGGGAAGCGGGAAGUGUACGCAGAAAUGCUUUCGGAUACCCUCAACUUAUCUAUUGCCUACUCCCAGUCCGGUGGUCCAAACAGUCACAGCAGGUUAAUCUGUGAGCUCUGCAUAUCCAGGCUGAGAGAUGCUUCAGACUUCAGGCGGCAGGUCGUGGAGUGCGAGAAGACUUUUAUACAGCACUUGGAUGCCACUGGCACUUCGGAAACGGAAGUACUGGUUGAGCCGAUAGACUCCAGCGUCAAGUUGGAACAGGUGAAACAGGAGAAGCGGGUCAGCGAUGAUGAGUUUGAUGACCGGAUCGACUUUGACGAUGAUGAUGAUGAUCUUGACGACCAACCCUUAACGACAUUAGCGAGCAAAAUACCUAAAAAAGAAUCCGAAGACUUACUGGAAAUACUUGACACAACAAAACCGGCUGAGAAAAGGAAAUCCACGACAAAAACAAAGGCGUCACCGGCUAAAAAGUCUAAAACCGUUAAAAAGGACACCGUUAAGGCUACAGCUAGCAAAGUAGCCGCCAAAGGAGAGAAGAAGAAAAAAGGGCACACAAAGGAUCUCGGACUAAUUGAGAACGAAACUAAACCAAAACAAAGAUUGUUCGAACGGUCCGUUGGCCAGAACCCACAGAGGCAAAACGCUGUGCUCGUUCUAAAGCAUUCCACGGCUUUCCCCUUUAAGACCCGUUUCAAUAGGAUCGUUUGUUCCUACUGCCAUGACGAGUUCGAACCCAUGGCGGCUUUAAGGGAACAUAUGAAAACAGACCAUUCCACCGCAGACUACAACAGCGCGUUUUACAAAGUAUACGAUGCUCUUAAAGUUGAGAUAACUGAUCUGAAAUGCAACAUGUGCUCUCAAGAAAUACCUAAUAUUGAUAGUUUUAUGUCCCAUAUAUCGCAGAACCACGAUAUUAAAGUUAAUUUCGAUGUGCCCUUCGGUGUUUUACCGUAUAGGCAAGGGCCGAAUGGACGAUGGACUUGUCUCGAAUGCGAAAAAACAUUCGCAAAAUUCUCUCAAAUUAACGUACAUUUGCGAACUCACAUGAAGAUUUUCACAUGUGACAAAUGCGGUGCCACCUUCCUAUCCGACCACGGUUUGAGACAACACGAACGGAAUUUCAGAUGCUACAAAUCGUCGUACAACCCGCGAUUUGGAAAAGCCUUAAAAUAUAAAAGUAAUACUGAGAUUAUUCUAGAAUGUUCCACAGCCUGUCCAUUUAGAACUUGGGGUCAGAAUUUUAACUGCGUUUUUUGUAGAGUGCAAUCAAACGAUCCGAUCGGCUUGAGAGCUCACAUGGCAUCUCGACACGCCAACUUUGAUAUACAACUCGUAUUCAGUCGAAAAAUACGCAAAGAAUUCCUUAAAGUUGAUAUCACGGAUUUGCAGUGCAAACUUUGCUUUAUGCAUAUUGACACUUUGGAUGACUUGAUGGCUCAUUUGAAAAAUGAUCAUAAGCAGCCUUUGAACGCUGAUGUACAGCCUGGCGUCCUUCCAUUCAAAUUAAACGAUGGCUCAAGCUGGAAAUGUGCCAUAUGCAAAAUCCAAUUCUCAGAUUUUAUAUCCUUAAAAAAGCACACGGCCGAACACUUUCAGAACUACGUCUGCGAUACUUGCGGCGAAGGUUUUAUAACAGAAUCUGCCCUGAAAGCUCACACAAAAAUACCUCAUGACAACAAGUAUACUUGCAGUCGUUGUGUAGCUACCUUCACAACGCUAGAUGAGCGUAACAUACAUAUAAAGACCCAACACACAACGUUACCUUAUAUGUGCGUUUAUUGCAAGGAGAAGCCAAGAUUUGCGACUUGGGAGCUUCGGAAACGGCACCUAAUGGAGUUCCACAACUACAAGCCUGGAGCUGAGAUGUAUGAGUGUACGACAUGCCAUAUGACGUUUAAAACUCGCUCGCAGAAAUACCAUCACAAUGUGAAAGCGCACAGGACUAAGAAAGAGACGGAAUAUAGCUAUCCGUGCGGCAGUUGUUCUAGAGCUUUCGCUUCUAAACUGUCGCUCGACAAGCAUAUCGCGAAAAAGCAUUUUCAUGUGUGAUCUCUUUGAAAUGUUGGACUACAGAAAUUAAUAUGCUAUGCCUAAAAACUGGGAUAUGGAAAAUAAGUAUCAUAAAUGAUAUUGUAUUGAGUAACUACUAAUUAUUCCUUUGUAUCUAAGUUAUUGAAUGAAAUUAAAUCAUUUAUUCUGUAAUUAGGAUAUUUCAUGACUUUAACAUGUCUUUUUAUUCUUUUGAGCUCGAAGCAAUCGACUAAGAAAAGUCUACGAGAAGAAACGACAGGACCUAAAGCAUUUGUCUCUUCAAACACCACUUCUCUAGCCAGAUGUAAUUUCUACAAUCGUUAACAACAGUAGAAUGGCUCCAAAUGUUAGAUACGUGUGAUCACAUGGUGCAAGCCAAUUCUCUUACUUGAACUUGGCUUGACACCUUACCGCGUAUUUAAAUAACGCUCAAUUGUGUAGAAACAAUAUUUCGUUUGGGUGAAUCAUGUGACUCAUACCUGGCAUACCAUGCAUCGGAAUCUAACCGAAAAUCGCUUUGUAUAUUCUAGUGGUCAUAAGUAUUAUUGUUCCCAAGUGUGUUCGUUACACGACACUGUCAGAAAUUGCUUUAUCAAAUUAAUAGGCCGAUUGCCGGAAGCGAGUGACAAAGACUUGUACUUCUUUAUAAUUUCGUGCGUUUUCUAUUGAAGUCAACGAUUUUAGAAGUGGAACUUGGCUAGCAAGGCAGAAAGAUGAUAGAAUAAUCUAUUUGCGGGUAGACAGCGCUUGUAUUCUUGCCAAAUUAAUCGAAAUACAUGUCAUUGUUCUGUGAGAGUUACGAAAGUACGGAGUCGGGCAACUGCUAAAUAAUGUCCAUUCAAUUAGUGUAUAUUUUUGACUGAUGAUAAUUUUAGUUGAUAAAGUGUCCAUUUUUAGGUAAAUAUUGAAUAAGUUUAUUUUAAUUGUAAAAUGUGUCGCAUAAAUAUCUCGAAACGUUGUACGCUCACUUAUAACGAUUUAUGAGAAGAUUUAAAAAGUUGCGAAUCUGGGAUUCUACCAAGCAACACCUUUUAAACUAAAACUAUUUCAGAUAUGAAUGGAAGACAUUUCGCAAUGCUAGGUAUUGUGUGUACCACAACGAAUAGUGUACAGUACUUGAUAGCUAUAUCCAUUUGAGAUUAACAUGUCUUUUUAAUGGUAACCUUGGUGAGGACGAACCAUAAAUAAAAGAUGCAAGAGUUUCAGGGAUUGCUCGACAAGUUUCGGACCUAACCGGAGUCCUUAAUCAUGAGCUGACGCGGCGGCAGGAUCGCUUCUUCGAUCGAUUCGUCGAUUAAGGACUGGCUGGGUCGGAUACUAGUCGGGUAAAUAAAUUACGCUUGAGUAAACCGUAGCAUCAAUUAAUACAUGUCUUACUUUAUAAACGACUCGCUCAAGUCAUAAUUUUCGCUAAUUGAAUUAAUUUCAUAGAUGUAAUAUUAACGACAUGUGUCGGAAACGUUAUAUAACUUAUGGAUCUCAUAUUAAAGCGUUAACACACUUGAG